AUGGCAAUAUCAUUAGGUUCAAGGCACGCCGCGGAUGAAGAAGCUCGUGCAGAGGUGGAAGUCCUCAACUCAAGGCUCGAAAAGACUAGUCAAUUGACCAAGAAGAUACAAGCGUCGCUGGGUCGUCUGGAGGCUUCCGGUAAAAGUGUCCAAGAUGCUGUUGGGCCUCUUUAUGGAAACACCCAAAAACUACAGAUUAUUGGCACCAAUAUCGAUGGUAUCCUAACCGCAAUUGACCGGAUCCGCCAACCAUCAGACAUCAAGAGCAAUGAAGAAGAAAUCAUCAGGAGAGGGCCAGAAAAGGCCGGACUGUCUGCGUUCCUAGGCUCGGUAAAGCGUGUCAGUCAAGCUCUGGCUCAGAUGCAGCAGACGAAUCUACGAUCGAACCAACAGGCUGCUGCUGAUCUUAGCAGGUUGAUGAAAGCUGGAAACACACAAUUGGAAGGCCAUUUCCAGCGACUGCUUCAGGAGGACUCUCAGAAAGUGGAACCAUUGUAUUUCAUUACAAAAGACAAGCCGUUCCCCAUGCUUUCCCAGGACAAAACAACUAGGCUAGGUCUCAUCAGCUCGCAUAUUGCGGCAGUGUCACGGCAGAAUCGAACCGGAGAUUCUCCAAUUUUGCAGGCCUAUGCCAAUGUUCGAGGUCCUUAUCUCACCCAGACCUUGCAAAAUCUAGCAUCAGCGUCUGUCAAUACUGCAAGGAAAACGAAUGCGGAUGCGAUUUAUCGACGAGGCACCAACGGAAUGGCAACAUACGCGAAAGGAAUGGAGGGUGCAUUUUUAGCUGAAUACGAUAAUAUAUGCGCUCUUUUCUCGCGAGAUGAGUGGAAGAAAGUGUUUAAUCUAACUUGCCAGGGCGCCAUUUCCGAACUCGCAAGAACAAUCCGGGAACUCAAUACACACAUCAAAAACAAUCUUCCGACAGAUUGCUUUUUAGCUUAUGAGAUCGUUGAAGUUAUUUCUACGUUAUCCUCCGAUUUAGAGACCAGGACAGGAGAGUUAAAGCCAUCCUUCGCUGCCGCGUUGAAGCCGGUUAAGGAAACCGCCAAAGCAUCAUUGGGAGAACUCCUGGAAGACACGCGGCGUCGCAUCAACGCAUUACAAACUCUUCCCCAAGACGGGGCUCCUGUCCCAAUCACCACGGAGACCGUGACGAGACUUCAGACCAUGGUCGAGUUCUUGCGUCCUAUCACUGGCAUCAUGAUUUCUGUAGGAGACGGAGGCUGGCGAACGAAUAUAUCAGCCGCCAGUUCUUCUGACCAAAUUCCAACAUUGAAAUCUUUCGACGUUUCAGCAGACGGCAAACUCAUAUUCGCUAAGUAUUGUAUCGAUACCAUCGACACUCUUUUCAAUACUCUCGAGGUCAAAGCAAAGCCUCUGCUCAGAGGAAGACCAGUCUUUGGGAUUUUUCUUGCAAACAACGCAGUGGUCGUAGACCGUAUGAUCCGCAACUCCGACCUCGCACCCAUGCUUCAGGGCCGCUUGCCAUCGAUUGAGAAGUGGGUCAAGCAGGGCGAGAAAUUCUACACCACACCAUGGGCAGAAGUAUCUCGGAACCUGAUGGACGUAACCUAUACAAAUCGUACCUCCCAACGCCCGCCUUCUGGGUCAGCUGCUGCCAUUGACUCUGCUGCUGUUCUCAAAGGCAUGUCCAGUAAAGAAAAAGAUGUCAUAAAGGAGAAAUUCCGCAUUUUUAAUACUACAUUUGAUGAUUUGGUCGCGAAACAUAAGAGCACUCAUAUGGAAAGGGAGAUUAGGGAGAUUAUGGGAACACAAAUACGGCAGAUGAUCGAGCCGUUAUACUCGAGGUUCUGGGAUAGAUAUCAUGAGGUAGACAAGGGUAAAGGAAAGUAUGUCAAAUACGAUAAGAGUAGUAUUUCAGCGGUAUUUUUAAGUAUGGCAUAG